GCGGUGUGUUAUGGGAGAGGAUUAAAACAAGUGUGUUUAAGAGUAAAGAACAACGACAGGGAUCUGACCGAGGCUCCUGAAAGCACAACCUGGCCUCCUUCAUGUCCCGUCUCUCGUCAUUACCGAGUCAAAAGAGCCAGUCUCCUGUGAGUGUGCCACGUCUUUACUGAGAUCCCUCGACCCUCCACUACAUUUUCCAAUCCCUCGGAGCUACUAUAUCGUACUGCUCUCGCCCUGAGCCAGGAUGAAUGAUGUUCUGGAGGCCACCUCCCCUGCGACCAGCCUCAGCGGUCCAGCUACCUGCGUCUCCAAAGUAGAGCUGCGUGUGUCUUGCAAAGCUCUGCUGGACCGAGACACGCUGAAUAAGUCCGACCCCUGUGUCAUACUCAUGGUGCAGACCAACGGACAGUGGACAGAGCUGGACAGGACAGAAGUGAUCAAGAGCAACUUACACCCGGUCUUUGCCAAGGUUUUCUCAUGGGACUACUACUUUGAGGAGGUUCAGAAGCUGCGUUUGGAAGUCUAUGACAUCCACGGCACUCACAGCAUCGGGGCCCGUGAUGAUGACUUUCUGGGUGGGGUGGAGUGCACUCUUGGCCAGAUUGUGGCUCAAAAGAAGAUGGUGAAGCCUUUGUUGCUGAAGUAUGGGAAAUAUGCCGGAAAAUCCACCAUCACUGUGCACGCUGAAGAAAUUUCUGGCAACAAUGGAUAUUUGGAGCUCUCCUUCUGUGCCAAGAAGCUUGAUGAUAAGGAUCUCUUCAGCAAGUCCGACCCAUUUUUGGAAAUAUACCGAGUCAAUGACGAUCAAUCCGAACAGCUUGUGCACAGAACCGAGGUGAUUAAAAACAACCUGAAUCCUGUGUGGGAGCCCUUCAAAGUGUCUCUCAUAUCUUUGUGCAGCUGUGAUGAUGAGCGGAAGAUCAAGUGCCUAGUGUGGGAUUAUGACUCCAGGGGGAAACACGACUUCAUCGGCGAGUUCUAUGCUACCUUUAGGGAAAUGCAGAAAAUUUCCAGUGGAAAUAAGGUGUCGUGGGACUGUGUGAAUCCCAAGUACAAAUUGAAGAAGAGAAACUAUAAAAAUUCAGGAGUUGUCAUCCUCACUGACCUCAAGCUCCACAGAGUGUACUCCUUCUUAGAUUACAUCAUGGGAGGAUGCCAGAUUCACUUUACGGUUGCCAUUGACUUCACAGCCUCCAAUGGAGACCCGAGGAACAGCUGCUCUUUGCACUACAUCAACCCUUACCAGCCAAAUGAAUACCUGAAGGCUCUGAUAGCAGUGGGGGAGAUCUGUCAAGACUAUGAUAGUGACAAAAGAUUUUCAGCUUUGGGGUUUGGUGCAAGAAUCCCUCCAAAUUAUGAGGUGUCACAUGACUUUGCCAUUAAUUUCAACCCAGAGGACGAUGAAUGUGAAGAGAUCCAAGGAGUGGUUGAGGCGUACCAGAACUGCCUUCCUAAGAUCCAAUUGUAUGGCCCAACCAAUGUUUCUCCCAUCAUUAACAGGAUAGCCAAGCUGGCAGCAGGUGACGGGAACAUUAAAGAUGCUUCUCGAUACCACAUCCUGCUCAUCCUCACGGAUGGUGUAGUGACAGACAUGGCAGACACGCGUGAAGCCAUUGUGCGAGCCUCCUACCAGCCUCUCUCCAUAAUCAUUGUUGGAGUGGGCAAUGCAGACUUCACAGACAUGCAGAUUUUGGAUGGAGAUGAUGGAGUCCUACGCUCACCGAAGGGCGAGUCAGUCCUCAGGGACAUUGUGCAGUUUGUGCCCUUCAGAGACUUCAAAACGGCUUCACCUGCAGCCCUGGCCAAAUGUGUUCUGGCGGAGGUGCCAAAGCAAGUAGUAGAGUACUACAGCCAUAAAGCCAUCUCCCCUAUGUGUCCUUUGAGGGACACAAUGACCCCCAUCCUCACUCCUUUUGCCACCACUCCAACAGAAUAACCACCCAGCCUGCUCAUGGGACCAAGCUUUGACCACAGCACCAGUCCGGCGGGAGAAAGGACGCAUGCCUCGCAAUUUUGGACAAGGACUGAAGAGAAAAGCUUUCUAAAUGUGUUGUUACUCAUUUAUUUCAUUCUUCACACCUAAGUGUUUGCACAAGGACAGUACGACAGUGUGGAUCCAGUGCUUUUCCCUGGCUUUGCAAACCAUGACUAUCCAGGUGUUUCAGCACCAUGAGUCCUGGAGGAUUGUGUUGUUUUUUACCCCUAAUUUUUAUGCAUGCAGGCCAAUCCUUCAGUACUUAUCCAUCGAUCGGACGCAGGCUCAGUAUUCUUCACUGCUCAUGAAAUUCAGCUGCUCAACUCUCUAUUAUGUUACUGUUUCCCCUUGUCACACUUCAGAUACUUUUAAAGAUGUACUGUACAGUGCUGUAUGUCACAAUCAAAAUUAGAUUGCUCCACUUAAAAAUAGUGACAUUAUUUAAUCCAGAUGUUAUAGAUGAAUCAUAGGAAGUAUAAAGAGGAGAUGCUGCAUUCUGACCUAAUGUUACAUGACCUUCUGUCAUGUACCUAGUCUGUCUGGCGGCAGGAUUGGCCUUAUUUUGGAUUACAAUAUGACAAUAUUUACAGACAAACAAAGAUCACAAUUUCAAAUCAACCUACCAUGAGUUGAUAUUGGACUUCUGGCAAAUCAUAAAUUAGCUGGACGGACUAUAUAAUAUAAUCUAUAGCUAAUAAUCUAUAGUGUCACCCAUUCAAACCUGCUCACUUGUACAUCUGUGAAACUCCAAGUGACAUAACUUCUGCGAUGUAAUAUUUGCUAAAGCUUGAGCCUGAGUAUGCUUCUUUCCGUUACAACAGGGCGCUCACAAGUUAUAGCAAGUUGGCAAAUACAGCCAGGUCAUCAGCUGGCCAGUUAAAGUAGGAUGUGUUUGGGUUUCUGUGCUGCCACAAAAGUUGCAAAGAACUGCCUUUUCUGUGGUUAUCUGCGAACAAAGCGCAUUUUUCUUGAAGAGAAGAUGAACAAUGCACCCUAGCUGUUUUGUCUGGUGGCUGUGGUAUAAACUGUGUAAAUCAUGCUUCAUGUCAGAUGAAUACUUUCCUUCUGAAUCCCUUGUUGUUGUUCCCUGAGCCAUCCGAUAUGCAGGUAGCAUUCUUCACGUUUCUGCAGUGUGUUUCAUCAUUUUUUCCCCCUUUCUGCUGCUUUGUAUAUGAAAUAUAAUUCUACUCUAUGUCUCAUAAGAAAUUUAACUGGUGAGUGCACAGUUUAGAUCCAAUGAAAGUACAAAGCCGAUCACAAUGAGUGCUGUAAAAACACACGGUAAUGUUCAUAAAACCAGCAUUAAAUCAGCAUUAAAGUUGAGGUUUGCUCAUCAUUGUACAUGUGCAUCUCCAGAACAAAUUGUUCUGUGAAACUAGUCUUUUCAUCUUCUAGAAUAUCUUUCCUGAAUUCUUAACCUUGACUUUCCCUUACCUUGCCAGGGCCGUCUCAGAUUGUCGUCAUAGUGUUCAGAGUGUAGCCUGUAACAAGUUGGAUAAAGCUGUGUCAUGUUUUGUCAGUAUUUUCCAAAGGAACAUAUUAAUGCUACAGAGGCACAACCUCUUAACUUAAACGGACUCUUUAAAGCCGGAAACACAAGUUGCUGUUUAAAAUGCUGUACGUAUUGUACUGUACAUACCAGUGUGACUAUUGGCAUCUAACCAAACAAGAAAGGACAGAUGCGUUCACGUCACAUGCAAAUAUGUUUUCAAGGAGUGCGUUAAAAAGUCAAUUGAAGAAGAAAGUAAAAGAGUUGAAAAGACAUUUUCAAAAAGGCAUCCUCCUGCCAUUUAAACCUUUUCAUCACUAAUGCAAGGGACCUUUAAAUGUUUCCUUUGUUUAUCAAGCAAAUAUUUCCAAAAUACAGGAUGAUUUCACCUCAAAAGUAGAUGAAAAUUUAUUAUCAAGCAUCAUUAAGAGCAUACAUUUUAAGUUUGAAUUGAAUAUGCAAAGUCUCAGAGUAACAAACUACUGUAAUAGAUACUUUUCUUGCCCUUCUUUUGGUUUUGGAUUGCUUAUGCUAAUUAAUAUUAAACUGUGUUAAGGAAGUACAACUUGGACCUUUUAGAUCCAAAGAAAGCAUAAUGUACCCCCUAAAAGUAAAGCAUUUUCUGACUUUGAUUUGUCCUCUAGAGCUUUACCAGCCAUCUCCAGAUACAGACUAUUGACUCUGCACCGAAAAACAGCUAGCUCUGCUGUUGGCUGCUCUCUGAACUCCUUUGAAGAUCACAACUAUUGAAGAUCCUUCUUUCACUGUGGAUCACAGGAUGAGGCCUAUUGAUUCAGCAGGCCUAGAUUUGGAGCCAUACUUGACUUGAAUGAUUCUGGAGGGACUUUGGUCUCACGACUGAAUUUAUAGGUCAUUUUAAAUUAUUUACUGAGAAACCUUGUAGUUCCUGAAUUAUAAAUAAUUAUUUGUUUGUAGUUACACAUCUUAAUACAGUCUUUAAGGAUAAUUAGUCCUCAAAAGAUUCACAACAUAAAAAAUAUGAACACAAGUUGACCAUUCUCAAAUGAAAAUGACUCGUAAAAAACUAACGCAUGUAUCUAUGAAACCAACUUUAUGCUGUCCCACAAACCCUUAGUGGCUACUUAUUCUGACUACAUAAAGCAGCAAGUGCAGGUAUCAGCUAAUAUUUAUUUUCCUUGAGGGCAAACUAGCUCACAUUAAUAUCUAAAAGGUAUCGGCACGUCUUUCCCCCUAUUACCUGUAUCACCUUAUUACUUCUUUGCCUCAGGUUACAAGCUGCACCAGCUGAAAUGGUUCAUUACCCUGUAGUCUUAACGUUUGUAUGAGAUGUGAUUUUACAAUCAAUCUCAGAACAUUCACAAUGUUAUUCCUUUAUUAAGUAUUUUUUAUAAUUUCAUUUAUUUCUUGUUUUGUUAUCGAAAAGUAAUACAAAAAUGCUAAAAAUAUGUUUUUUUCUAGGUUCAAACAUCAAUACAAUGAGCCAUGAAAAUGUGUCGUGCUCUUCUGGGGUACCUGAAUUAUGAAAUGUAUUCGAUGUUUUAUGGUAAUACAUGUUAGACAGUGAUGCAUUGGUCAAAUCUGGGUCAGAUUCAGACAUUUUUGAAAAGUUAUUUUUAAUUCUUUAUCGUUUUCAUUAUGUGACCAGUUGCAUUGCAAAUAUUAUACAUGACAUAUUUAAAAUAUAUAAUUGUGUGCAAGAGCUAGCUGAACCCAAAUUUACAGCCAUCUGGUGUCAUCACCUUAUAAAAGCAAAAAAAACAUUCAUGUUUUAAUGGGAAACCAUCAUUUGUGCCCCAGCCGUUGAACAACAGUGAGCUGAAAUACUGGAGACAAUAAGACCACAGUGCAUGUGGCCAUCUUGCACUGCAGAUUAAAAAAAGCUGGGAAGAAUUCACUGAGCUGCUUAUUUCCCCUUAUCUACUUGCACCAUUGUCCGAGAAAAUUAACAAGGCAUAGGUUUUACACCUCACUGAUGUACUAUUUGAAA